AUGAAAGGUCAGUAUGAGAUGCUGGUAUUGGUAUGUAAAAUAGAAGAAAUGAAAGGUCAGUAUGAGAUGCUGGUAUUGGUAUGCAAGAUACAAGAAAUGAAAGGUCAGUAUGAGAUGCUGGUAUUGGUAUGCAAGAUACAAAAAAUGAAAGGUCAGCAUGAGAUGCUGGUAUUGGUAUGCAAGAUACAAAAAAUGAAAGGUCAGUAUGAGAUGCUGGUAUUGGUAUGCAAGAUACAAAAAAUGAAAGGUCAGUAUGAGGUGCUGGUAUUGGUAUGCAAGAUACAAAAAAUGAAAGGUCAGUAUGAGGUGCUGUUAUUGGUAUGCAAGAUACAAAAAAUGAAAGGUCAGUAUGAGGUGCUGGUAUUGUUAUGCAAGAUACAAAAAAUGAAAGGUCAGUAUGAGGUGCUGGUAUUGUUAUGCAAGAUACAAAAAAUGAAAGGUCAGUAUGAGGUGCUGGUAUUGUUAUGCAAGAUACAAAAAAUGAAAGGUCAGUAUGAGGUGCUGUUGGCACGGGCGGAGGAGCGGGUACCCAGACUCCCAAGUGUCUGUGGGCUUUGCAAUGCCAGGUACCAACAGUUACAGACAGAGUAUGUGGAGCUUGGAACCACCGUACAGGAACAGAAGUCCCUGAUCAGUCAGCUGGAAGAUGACCUACGUAACGUAAAUGCCUUGUCGUCCAUGUUCCGUGGCGAGGGCGAGGGAGUUGAGUCUGUAACUCCCGGCGCGGAGAUGGUUGCUUCAGCUGUGAAAGAAGUCAGUACAGCCGCAAUGACCCCGCAGUCCCCAGAUGGCUCCAAGUCAGCAGCUGACUCUUUGCUGCCCAUUGUCCAGAGCCAGAGGGAGAGGUACAGGGUCCGAGCCCAGGAACUUGAGGCACAAACUAUCGGUCAGCAACAACAGAUCACGAUGCUUCAGAACGAGAUAGACAAGCUAAGAUCUGACAACGUCAAACUGUACGAGAAAGUCCGCUACCUUCAGUCAGCAGGAUACUCUACUAAGGCUGCUGGUCACCAUGAUGAUGGAACAUUGACCAAAUACUCUACCCAGUACGAGGAGCGUCUGGAUCCAUUCUCAUCUUUCAGCAGAAAGGAGCGGAUAAAACGUUACAUGAAUCUCAAACCAUAUGAUAAAAUCACACUCAGUAUGUGCUUCACUGAUUAUUCUACUGGAAAAGCAAACAAAUAA